AUGACUAUUACUAAAGCCCAAGGGCAGACUUGUGAACGUUUAGGAAUUGAUAUAAGCGAUGAGCCUUUUGCUCAUGGCCAGACUUAUACCGCUUUUUCAAGGGCCAGAAGUGGAGAAAACAUUAGAGUUUUUGCACCUGGUAAAACUGCGGAUAAUAAUGGAAAUAUAUCUAUGAGAAAUGUUGUGGCGAGAGGAAUUUCUUUUGAUUGAAUGUUAAAAUAAAUAAAUAUAAUUAGUAGAUAGGUUGGAAAAAGUUUAGAUUUUU